AUGGAAGAAAAGAAAUUUAACGAAGCUCUUAGCGAAAUGAGAGAGAAAAUCGAUAUUGGAAAGAUCAGGGUACAAGUGGACAAGCUAAAAAGAACGAAUGGGGGAGAUCUACUUGUAAAAUUAAAUGGGAUAGGGGCUGCGGCGAAGUUGAGGCGAACUAAACAGCAAAAUGAACGAUGGACACGGCAAUCCGAAGAAAUGAGACUUUCUUCACGAUUACGAGUUUGGACCCUGGGAUACCUUGUACUAGAGCACGUGUCUGGUGGCGAACUUUUCGACUACUUGGUUAAAAAGGGGCGAUUAACACCUAAAGAAGCGAGACGAUUUUUUAGGCAAAUAAUUUCAGCGCUGGAUUUUUGUCACAGUCAUUCAAUAUGUCAUCGAGACCUUAAGCCUGAAAACUUACUCUUAGACGAGAAAAACAAUAUAAAAAUAGCUGAUUUUGGAAUGGCCUCUUUACAACCCAUGGGUUCAAUGUUAGAAACUAGUUGUGGUUCUCCCCAUUAUGCAUGUCCAGAAGUUAUUAGGGGAGAAAAAUACGACGGCAGAAAGGCAGACGUCUGGUCUUGCGGAGUAAUCUUAUAUGCUCUUCUUGUUGGUGCUUUACCAUUCGACGAUGAUAAUCUUCGACAAUUGUUAGAAAAGGUUAAGAGAGGUGUCUUUCACAUCCCUCAUUUCGUUCCUCCUAACUGCCAAAGCUUACUUAGAGGUAUGAUCGAAGUAAAUCCAGAAAAGCGGUUAACUUUAUCGGAAAUAAAUAAACACCCGUGGGUAACGGCGGGUGGAAAGGGGGAACUGGAACUCGAACUGCCAAUGAUGGAGGUCGUUCAAACUCACGUACUACCGUCCAUAGAUGCAGUAGAUCCAGACGUACUACAAGCCAUCUGUAGCCUUGGCUGUUUUAAAGAGAAAGAGAAACUUAUUCAGCAUUUGUUAAGCCCUAGUCAUAACACAGAGAAAGUUAUUUAUUUUUUAUUAUUGGAGAGGAAGAGAAGAAGACCUGCCUGUGAAGAUGAGACUGAUUCGGUAUUGAGAGUAAGGACUACGGAUGGACAAGAUCCGCCUAAAAAGAGGAUAGACACGUGUAGAGUGAAUGGGCAAAAUACGCUUCAGUUUGGACAGAUUAGUGAAGGGUCACCGUUAACUCCAAGGAGGUCCCACUAUAAAAGGCAUCAUGCUAGAAGAAGUCCAUCGACGGGAAGUACCCAUAGCAGUUUAAGUAUUCAUUCCCCUACAAGAUCGCCUGGAGCUUCUAGUCCUGUAAUGUUUAAUAGUACCAUCACCCCUACAAAUACCCACUCGGGAAUGUCAUCUCCGGUCAGUCAGCGUCCUUCAUCCCACCACUCCCAUCGAAGCUCCACACACGUUUCUUCGAAUACACAUGUGACCGUGACCCCACCUCCAGCCACCCCGACACACCAUCGAGCUAAUAGCAGCGGCGGCGCAACUGUGAGUUCCGGUAUGUCGUUAACGUCACCGGAAAGUGACACCACCAGCCUGGUGACGGGUCAGUAUAUAUCAAAAACGAGUCAUUCGGUUUCAUACAAGGAUUUUGUUAAAGGUCCUUCGAUUCUCACACCUAUGACACCACCUGGAUCUCCGCACUCCAGUACGACUAGCCAUCACUGGCGAUCGAGGCUGACUACGAUUAAAAAUAGCUUCUUAGGAUCUCCAAGGUUUCAUAGAAGGAACAAAUUACAAGGUAAGACAUAA